AUUUCCUCGUUUAAAACGAGGGGUUGGGUCUCUAGCUCCACAGCGUGCGCCGUAGUUCCUCAACUGCCAAGUUCAAUCUCAACGUUCUCUCUCUCUCUCUCUCUCUCUCUCUCUCUCUCUCUCUCAUCUUGGAUAAAUAGAACCAAACCAAGGACUCGAAGAUAAGAUUUGGGUAUCGGAAGAAGAUGGCCGGAGUGGAGCUGCUACCGAGAGAAUACGGAUACGUUGUUCUUGCUCUCGUUCUCUACUAUUUCCUCAAUUUCUGGAUGGGUAUUCAAGUCGGUAAAGCCCGCAAAAAGUAUAAGGUUUUCUAUCCGGUCAUGUACGCUAUAGAAUCUGAAAACAAGGAUGCAAAGCUCUUCAACUGCGUCCAGAGAGGGCACCAGAACUCGCUGGAGGUGAUGCCCGCUUUCUUCAUGUUGAUGAUUCUAGGAGGGAUCAGACAUCCCCUGAUUUGCGCAUCCCUUGGACUUCUUUAUACCAUCACUCGCUACUUCUAUUUCACUGGCUAUGCCACCGGCAAUCCCCAAAACCGCCUUAGCAUUGGGAAAUACGGUUUCUUGGCAUUAUUUGGGCUUGUAAUCUGCACAAUAUCAUUUGGGAUCAAUCUACUCCUUGCAUGAAUACGGCCUGCUUCAUCAGGUUGUACUUCCUUAGCAUCCUCAGUUGCGUUGUUGUCUUCUGUUGCAUCUUUCUAGGUUCAGUGUUUUCCAUGAAUUAGGAUAGUUUUGUUAGCUCUUAAAGGAGGCGUAAGAAUACCUCAACCUCUUGUAGCUCACGUUUGUUUUGUUAUAAUAAUGUUAUAACAUGGAUGCUUUGGACAUGGUUAAUAAAAUUGUUGGUACUGAA